CAGAAAAUGGCUGAGAAACCCUGGUGUAGCAGCACAGAUGCGAAUAUGACGUGCGAUUCCUCUGACUCGACAUGUGAGCCAGCUGUACAAGAAGUCAGAAUCUUCCCUUCCAGUCCAUACCGUGCUCUUGAGACAUUAGAAUGUCUCAGUGGGAUAAGGGUUUCUAUAGAAACAUGUCAGUGCCUGAUAUAGAAGCACCCAGGUGAUCAAAUAUGCUUUUCAUUACACAAGCCUUAAUUAGAGGCCUGUUAUCUUCACUAGAGACAAACUCUUUCUUGGCACUAAAGCAGCUAAUCUACUUUCCUUACUUUUCAAGCGUAUUAAUUUGGGACAAUUUAACGACAGCACAUAUAAGCACUUGGAAAAGUAUCUAAGUGGUCCCUAUUCGGAGGUGAUGGCCAAGACAUGGAGUUAGCUGUCUGUCUGUGUUACAUACUCUGGACUGAUGGCAAUAUUCCGAGAAAAGAUGUGGAUGCCGCCAGUAGCCCACAGGCAGUCAUUUAGCGUGCCCAUCCAGAUUACACUACAGGGCAGCCGCAGACGUUACUUGAGGGAAGCCUUUUCUCCAGUAUCCGGCAAGGUGAAGAGGAAAGAGAGUGGCAGCGAUGGGGUGAAGACACCUGAUAAGAUGAAGAAGAAAGUGUCCAAUGCUGGGGAAGACAGAGCAAUGCUGUUGGGGUUCACUAUGAUGGGCCUUUCAGUAAUGAUGUUCUUUUUAUUGGGGAUUGCAAUACUGAAACCAUUCAUGCUCAAUGUAUGGAACGAAGAGUCCAACUGCACAAUUAUUCAGGCGGAUAUAAUGGAUGACUGGGUGGACUGUUCCUUCACAUGUGGUGUAGAUUGCCAUGGCCAGUCCAAAUACCCCUGUCUUCAGAUACUGGUGAACGUGUCUGCUUCUGGUCAUGUUGCUGCCCUGCAUUAUAAUGAAGAGGCUGUCCAGAUAAACCCCAAGUGCUUUUAUGUUCCAAAGUGCCAACGAGAUAAGAAUGAUCUGCUGGAUGGUGUUCUAGAUGUGAAACAGUACUUCGAAGGCAAGAAUGACACCCCAUUUGCAUGCUUUCAUCGACAUGACAGUAAACCAGAAGAUGUCAUAUUGAUUAAAAAGUAUGACCGAUCAGUAGUGUUUCAUUGCCUUUUUUGGCCAACUCUUAUGCUCGUUGGUGGAGCAUCCAUAGUGGGCAUGGUAAAACUGACUCAGCAUUUGUCUCUUAUGUGUAUGGUCUACUGCAGUCCAGCAAAAGAGGAAACUGGCAAUGUAACACCUCGACCAGACUCUCAGCAGAGUAGAACUAAAAAGGAUGAAAAGACUUUGAGAUGGAGAUUAAAUUCCCAAAGUAUGACUCGUGCUUCAUUUAGUUAACUGAGAUUUACAAGAUCACCAUGUCGAAGGUCUUUUUGCUUGUCGAAUAGAAGUGUAGCAUAGAACUAAAGUGCACAGCCUAUUGAUUGGGACCCAAAACCAGCGCAUUUCUUUCGUAAUUGCAAAAUAUUGGUACCAAAAAUGGGCUCCAUAUUAAAAAAAAAAAGGCUAGGCACCACUAGUGAAAUUAUUGCUGAAUAUGUGUAUAGCAUAAGAAAGUAUUUUACAAAGCAAUUUUUGUAGCCAUAAAUUUAUUUUUGUAGAGUAUUGCGAAAAGUACAGUGAUAAUGGUUAUGUUAAUACGAAGUGUUGUUUACAAUAAACAGUCUGUCGCAA